UUCAAUCCCUACUUGCCCACCAGUCCACCACACCACGUAGCUGUCUAGCUAGCCGCGCACUACCACAGGCCGGCCACACACUCAUUGCUCGCCACCACCACUCUAGCAUCGCAUGCCCGGCGCCGCCCUCUCUUCCACAGCUAUCUAGCUAGCUCUAUCUACACAUACCUAACAACAAAACUGCCAAGAAUUCAGCCAUAGGAAGAUCAAUCCCAAUCCCAAUCCCAAUUCCCAUAUAACAGAGGCCAUGACGAUCUGACCCGAUCUUUGUUUGUAGCUAUAGAUAGACGUAUGGCGGAUCACCAGGAGAUGAUCCAUCCAGCUGCGGCUGCCGCCGCGGGCGGAGCGAGCCACGGACACGGCGGCGGGGACUGGUGGAGCACGGCGGUGUCGUGCUCGCCGGACCAGCUGCCCGGGUUCGGCGCCGGCUUGUCCCCUGCUGCGGCGGCUGACGGCAGCAACAGGUCGAGGUCUGGCAACACAGCCUCCUCGGAAUCGCCGGGGUCCCACUCACUCGCCACCGGCGGCAGCUCCAUAACCUUCCAAGACCCUGCCGGCGGCGUCGCAGAUCCGUCCGCCGUCGUGCCGCAGACGGCGACCGGUCUUGCCGGCGGCUGGAACCAGCCUUACUACUUGGAUGGAUCUGGUUUCCAUGGCUACAUGAGCUCAUCAAGAGGCGAUCAGGUUCAGCUCGGCCUGAGGAGCCCCUCAUCGAGUAAUAACAGCCUGAUGCUACAAGACCCCCAUGACCCCAACCACCAGUUCCUGUCCAACCUUGGACUGGAGCUGCUCUCGUCGCCAACGCCGACCUCACCGUCCGGCGGUUUCCGGUCCUCGUCGCUGCUGAGAAGCCUCACGGAGCCGGCGGCGGCGGCGAAGCCGUCGCCGGGGUUCCAGCAGUAUCAGCAGCAGACGAUGAACCAGGCGCCCAGCAGCAUCAGGGAGGCUCUGCAGUUCACUAACAGCACGCCGUUCUGGAACCCUUCCGCCGGGUUUGCGGCGGAAGGGACUGCCUCCGGACCACCGUCGGGGCAAUCUAGGCCGGCAAGUCUUGCAGCCAAGAGUACGCUAGAAGGUGCCGGGGACUCUAGCUCCAUCAUCACGAAGAAGGCGAACACCGAUCCAACGCCGCUCAAGAAAGCGAGAACAGGGACACCAUCAUCACCACUGCCGACCUUCAAGGUGAGGAAAGAGAAGCUAGGUGACAGAAUCACAGCACUUCAGCAACUAGUCUCCCCUUUUGGAAAGACUGAUACGGCAUCGGUGCUCCAUGAGACCAUCGAGUACAUCAGGUUCCUGCAUCAGCAAGUUGGUUCACUCAGUGCUCCUUACCUAAAGAACAGGCAGCAAGUGCCCCAUUUGAAGGUCUCGAGGGACGGCGGAGAGGCGGCAGCGGCGAAGGGGGACCUCACCGGCCGAGGGCUGUGCCUGGUACCUAUAUCAAGCACCUUCGCAGUGGCCAGCGAGACCCCGGUCGACUUCUGGUCACCAUUUGGUGCAGCCUUCCGGUAGCAGACAUCGUAUAUAUAUAUGAUGAUGGUCCAGGAACUCUUACUGAUCCUAACUCACAAUUACUAGUGAGCAUAUCUACAUUACUGAAGUAUGAUAUAUGUAUACGUGUAUAUGUAGCUGAAUCUUUGGAAUGGGCCCUUGAAGACUUGGAUCCAUUCUUCAGGUUCAUCAGAGAAUAAGGUGUCAGAUACAUCUAACUUCGCAAUGUGUAACUGAUCAUUUGUUAUCUUCUGAACUAGACGUAUAGUCCGCGCAUUUGCGCGGCUAGUAUUGAAAAUUCAAAAAUUUGCAUGUCA